AUGAGAGUGAGGGAUUCUACCAAGGGUUCCAGAUUAGGCGAUCGAGUGAAGCCAAAGAAACCGAUAGGCGGGUUAAGAAGAUUGAAAGACAAACUAGCCCUUAUCUUCCACCAUCACCACCACCACCAUCACCACCAUCACAAUGAUCACAGAUAUCAAAAGGCCAAGGUGGGUCAUGGUGGCACAUCCUUGUGGAAAAACGCGGGAAAGAAGAUCUUUGACAGUGCAAACAAAGGCGAAGCUUAUGGAGAAAAAGCAGCUGAAAAACUAACAAAAUCAGUUGUUUGCAAAGUACCGGAUAAGAAACAGCAUGGACAUUUCUUCCACACACUAGUAAAGGGGCUACUGAAUUCCAAAAAAUCAAAGGUGCCGAAAGGCAGCAUCAAACGUUUGGGGAGUGGUAGGCAUGGCAGUAAGAAAGCGGUGAAGAAGUUGCAGUGGUGGCAUAUGUUUCGUCACCAGAGGGCGGUGAAAAUGCCGAGCAAGACCAAGGCACGUGUCAAGCUAGGAGUUGGUAGUAAGAAAAGGCCUGGGCUACAGGCAUUGCCUAAGAUGAGAUGAGUUGUUCUAGACCCUGUAAUUGUUUCUUCCAUAACGGUUUUUAUGCAUAUAUCUGUCAUUCAGAUUUCAAGGUUAUUUUUGAGGUGUUACAUAUAUAGAAUUUAUGUAAAAUCGAGGUCAUAGUCUCGUGGUUGUGAUUGUUGCUAGAUUUGCGGAGUUUUUCUUAGGCAAAACACAGUUUCAUGUACAUAAAUAUGAAAAUGGAAAGUGGUAUAGAGUGUGGGCUAAAUAUGUAAAGGGUCUACAUGGGUCCCUGCGCAGGUGAACAAAUGGGUCUUGUCCAACCAAAUGGGCCAAGUAAACAAGCCUCCAUGGGUCCAUGUGCCCGAACCGUGUCUGGAAAAGCUCACCGAGAAGAAUAACAUGUUUGCUAAUUUGGCAGGUUAACCCAUUUAAUAUACAACCUGGCCGACUUUAUCCAACCCAAACCUGUAUGAAAUGGACCAUUUGCCACCCUAGUUCUAAUUGAUUCAAAUAAAUUACCCUACAAAGACAAUCCUUUGUCUUGCCAUUUUUAGAUCUUGGAGAUAAAUUAAUCAACAUUAUGUCCAAGGCGUU